AGGGGAGCUCAAGCCAUGUCUGUUCCCCAGCAACACAUGUGGUUGACCAGAUGGCCUGUUGCGGAGGGUGAACCAGAAGGUGGAUUUCCAGAAGCUGAAUUUGAGGCGGUCUUUGAGCAGGCUUUUUGGUGGCCGGCCCUGGGUCCGGGUGAACAAAGAGUGUCCUGGGGAGCAACCAUGGCCGGCGUCUUGGAGACCAAGCACAGAGACUGCUCGGCCAAACCGAAGAAAGGCCCCUGGACAGUAUUUGGUUGCGCGGCGUCCUCUGCUGGUUCACAUCACGUGUUACAACGCGGUGCCAACCGACCCCCACAAUCAUUUUGGGCACAAGCGCAGGUGGAUUUGGUCCCUAUCAGCUCCCGUAGUGUUCAUCAGCAACUUCCGCCUCUGCCCCGCCUCUCCCGUGAGUGCACUUCCGGCAGCGGCGCCUGGAGCGGCCGAGGCAAGAUGGGUCAAAGUCAGAGUGGUGGUCAUGGUCCUGGAGGUGGUAAGAAGGAUGACAAGGACAAGAAAAAGAAAUAUGAACCUCCUGUACCAACUAGAGUGGGAAAAAAGAAGAAGAAAACAAAGGGACCAGAUGCUGCCAGCAAACUGCCACUGGUGACACCUCACACUCAGUGCCGCUUAAAACUACUCAAGUUAGAGAGAAUUAAAGACUAUCUUCUCAUGGAGGAAGAAUUUAUUAGAAAUCAGGAGUAAAACCUUGUUAGCCAAAGCAGUAGCAAACCAAACCUCAGCCACCUUUUUGAGAGUGGUUGGCUCUGAACUUAUUCAAAAGUACCUGGGCGAUGGGCCCAAACUUGUACGGGAAUUAUUUCGAGUUGCUGAAGAACAUGCACCAUCCAUCGUGUUUAUUGAUGAAAUCGAUGCCAUUGGGACCAAAAGAUAUGAUUCAAAUUCUGGAGGUGAGAGAGAAAUUCAGCGAACAAUGUUGGAACUGUUGAACCAGUUGGAUGGAUUUGAUUCACGGGGAGAUGUGAAAGUUAUCAUGGCCACAAACCGAAUAGAAACUCUGGAUCCAGCACUGAUCAGACCAGGGCGCAUCGACAGGAAGAUUGAGUUCCCCCUGCCUGAUGAAAAGACUAAGAAGCGCAUCUUUCAGAUUCACACAAGCAGGAUGACACUGGCCGAUGAUGUGACCCUGGACGACCUGAUCAUGGCAAAGGAUGAUCUCUCUGGUGCUGACAUCAAGGCAAUCUGUACAGAAGCUGGGCUGAUGGCUUUGAGAGAACGCAGAAUGAAAGUAACAAAUGAAGACUUCAAGAAAUCUAAAGAAAAUGUUCUUUAUAAGAAACAGGAAGGUACCCCUGAGGGGCUGUAUCUCUAGUGAACCACAGCUGCCUUCAGACAAGUGGUUGGGACUUUUCUCAACCCCUCAGAGGGCUGGGGAUUUAGCUCAGUGGUUUUGGCGCCUGCUGCGCAAGCGCAAGGUUCAGAGUUCAAUCCCCGGUACCAAAAACAAAAACAAAAAACACUGAACUUCAGCCCCUGAGGAGGAGGUUUGGGAAGGUGCCCUGAGGGAGACCGUGUUCCAGUUGAUUUUUAUUGGCAAAACAUGGCAUGUCUUCUCCAGUGUGACAUGUAGGGUGCCUACUGGAUGGCCUUGGCUGUGGUCACUGUGCUGCUUGCUCUCUGCUUCCCAAUAAAAGUGUGGUCUGCACACCCACCUCAGCAGCAA